GGGGCCGUUCAACCUGGAAGUGCCUCGGGCCUGCCUCGCUAAAAUGAAGCCCAUCAACUUGUCCUUUUCAGCCUGCGGGUUUCUGGGCAUUUACCACUUGGGGGCAGCAUCAGCACUUUAUAGACACGGCCGAAAGCUCCUGAAGGAAGUCAAGGCCUUUGCAGGGGCUUCUGCGGGGUCCUUGGUUGCUACCGUCCUGCUAACUGCACCAGAAAGACUAGAGGAAUGUAACGAAUUUACCUACAAGUUUGCCGAAGAAAUCCGAAGGCAGUAUUUUGGGGCAGUAACACCCGGCUACGAUUUCAUGGCCCAACUGAGAAGCGGAAUGGACUUGAUUCUCCCUCCCAACGCUCACGAGCUGGCCCAUAACCGACUGUACGUAUCUAUCACCAACAUGAAAACCAGAAAAAAUUACCUGGCCUCCACGUUUUCCUCCAGGGAGGACCUUAUUAAGGUUCUCUUGGCCAGCAGCUUCGUGCCCCUUUACGCGGGAUUGAAACCAGUGGACUACAAAGGGCAGAAGUGGGUGGAUGGAGGGCUCACCAACAGCCUUCCCAUCCUCCCUGUCGGCCGAACGGUAGCCAUCUCACCCUUCAGUGGACGACUGGACAUCUCCCCUCAGGACAAAGGGCAGCUGGAUCUGUACAUUAACAUCGCGAAACAGGACAUAAUGCUGUCCAUGGCAAACUUGAUGAGGCUUAACCAAGCCCUUUUCCCACCAGGCAAGAGGAAACUGGAGUCACUGUAUCAACAUGGCUUUGAUGACGCCAUUAAGUUUCUACACAAAGAAAAUUGGUUUGAAUAGAACGCUUCAGCGUUUAUAAUGCAAAACAGACUUCACAAUUUUUUUUCAUUU